CCUUCCCUAUCCUUCUCGCCGCACGCACCCUCCCGCACUUGUGGCUCGAAGUCUUUGGCGCCGUUGCGCGUGCUUGUCUUUCUCGCUGCCACACUCCUCUCUCUCGACCGCCCUCCCCCCUCCCACCUCCCACGGCGCGCAUUCGCGCGGUGGGCAUGCCAUGGUGCUGGCGCUGUCGCGCGUGGAGCGACAGGUCCUCGCGGGCUGCGCCGUGGGCAUAGUGAUCGUCGCCGUGCUGUAUGAGGCCAUGGAGCUCCAGGAGCUGGCGGCCUCCAUCAACCGGGGCCUGCUGAAAGACCACUACACGGUGCUCGGCGUCACGGACGGCGCCACACCGCAGGAAAUCGGGACAGCGUUCAAGCGCUUGACCAGCCAAUUCAACUCCAAGCCGAAGGACGAGGCCAGCCGCAUCUUCCGGGCCAGCGUGGUGGAGGCCCACAAGACGCUGUCCAGCCCGGAGGCGCGGGGGCAGUACGACGAGUGGCGGAGGCUGGUGAGGCGCACCAUCGGCGCGCUGGCUGCGGUGGUCGUCGCGCUUGUUGGCGUCAUCGUGCUGAUGGUCGGCGCGGCGAUCGCCCCUGCGCGCUUCGGCCUGGCGCGGGACAGCUUCAGGCUGGACCCGCAGAGCCUCGAGGGGAAGGU